AUGCCACCACUUCCAGGUUGCGCUCUGCAGGCCACUCGCAGGGACCAAAGGGCCCGGCGAGUGACAAAGGCGCGCAUGGUCAAUGCAUGUACUGAACUGCUCGGGACGUGGGGACGAGCCUUCCUAUCCAAAUCGCAGGCAAUGUGCGGGACUCUUACCGGUCCUGCGCGAUUUGUUGCGCAGUCAAUAGUAUGGCAGUGGAAACGAGCUGCACUCUUUUCUCGUCGUUUUCUUCGCGCCUGCGCGGAGCCGAGGGCCAGAGCGCGGUGA